AUGCAUUUUGUGUUGUUUAGUGUUGAAGAUCGACUAAUUGAGGAUCAUCGGCGAUUUUGUGAGGAAACUCACUGGGGAAGUUUGGCAUUUCCGCGUACGCCUGAAUGUUCAGAUGCUAUCGCAGCUUGUCCGGAACCAGAAGUAACUGUAGGUAUUGUUGUUUUCAAAUGUGGUUGUGAUGUAGCCAUUUGGGAACCCCAGCCAGAUACCAACAACUGUACACACAAAUGGAUCGGUGAACUAAACAGUGCAAUAGAACGUGGUGAUCCAGCCGAAAAUAUUAGUCAGAACUGGUCAAAUGAGUUGCGACAAGCUCUAAACACUAAUAUGUAUGGCGGUGACAUAAGCGGAAGUGUUCAUAUUGCUGAGCAACUUUUAUCACUGGCGAAACAGCAACUUGGUGAGACACAAGAUCAGUUAAAGCGUAGCAAACGAGCUUACACUUUCACACGACGUUUUGGUGAAGCUGGUGACUUACUGCUCAGCAAUAAGUCGGAAAAAAUAUGGCUUUCAUUUGAAGUAAGGAAACGUAUCCGAGAGGCAUCUGCAUUAAUGUCAUUGCUGCAACAGAGUGCAGCUCUGAUGGCCAACUAUUUGAAAGAGGAUCAAAAACAAAUUGGUUAUGAGAAUUGGGUUAUGGAAGUGCACAUCAAGAAAGCAGAAUCGACUCUGAAUUCAGAUUCAAUACCACGUAGAGAACCUGGCGUAUAUUCGGCUCCGAUGGCCACAGCGUCACACGCCACUUUUACAACUGCUGAACCACCUCAAAAACCAAUUUCUUUUGCCAACUAUUCGCUGUCACCCAUCAUUAAAAUGCCAUCAUUUGGCGCUUUUCGUAUGCUUUUUUGCUUAUUGAUGAUUUUUCAUUAUUUUAGAUUUUCCUUAAUUUUUCAUUGUUGUCUAAUGGAUCUUAAAAUGAGGAGCUGUAUUUAAAG